CCUGAGGAGGCUGAGGUCCUUCAACAUCUGCAGGAUGAUGCUGACACGUUCAUGAGUCUGUUAUUGUGGUGUGGGGGGCAGCGGGCUGAGGGUCCAGAACUCCAACGGACCCAGGACACUGAUCAGAAGUCCGGGGUGUGUCCAAGGUGUCUCAGGUGUGUCUCCGGUGUGUUUCAGGUGUUAUCAGACUGUUUGCUUUCUGAAUAAUUCAGAGUCAACUGAUAUCACUCUGCUACCUGAGCUGGACCAAAGCUCCGCCCCUUCACACUUGACCACCUUUACCUGAUACACACACACACACACACACAGUUCUCCUGCCAGACUCUCAGCAGCAGCGUUCUGGUCGAGUCUCUGAGUCUCAGCUCGUUCUGUCUCACUAUUUCAGACUCUCAGCAGAUCAUUUGCAGAUUUUCUUCAGAUUCUCUUCAGACUUUGUUGGACUUUGUUGGACUCAGUCUCUGAUGGCGAUCGCGGCGGCAGAACUGGCGAGGAGAAAGGCCCGUGAGGAGGACGGCAGUGGCAGCCGAGCCAACGCCGUCAACUUCAACCAGCAGAGCUUCGAGUCUCUGCGGGCCGAGUGUCUGCAGACGGGAGCGUUGUUCUGUGACCCGACCUUCCCAGCUGCCUGGGACUCGCUGGGAUACAACCAGCUGGGACGCUACUCCUCCAAAACCAUCGGCGUGGAGUGGAGACGGCCCACCGAGCUGUGUUCUAAUCCUCAGUUCAUUGUGGACGGAGCGAAGAGGACGGACAUUUGUCAGGGAGCACUGGGUGACUGCUGGCUGCUCGCCGCCAUCGCCUCGCUGACCCUUGACCCCGACAUCCUGGGCCGGGUGGUUCCUGCAGGUCAGAGCUUCAGCUCGUCAUAUGCCGGCAUCUUCCACUUCCAGCUGUGGCGGUACGGUGAAUGGGUGGACGUGGUGGUGGACGACCGGCUGCCGGUGAAAGACGGGAAGCUGCUGUUCGUCCACUCGGCACAGGGCGGAGAAUUCUGGAGCGCUCUGCUGGAGAAAGCCUAUGCCAAGGUGAGCAGCUCGUACGAGGCGCUGUCCGGCGGCUCGAGCAUCGAGGGCUUUGAGGAUUUCACCGGCGGCAUCGCAGAGAGCUUCAACCUGCAGGAAGCUCCGCCCACUCUGUUCCACAUCAUCAGGAAGGCUCUGAAGCUCGGCUCGCUGCUGGGCUGCUCCAUCGAUAUCUCCAGCUCGUCUGAGACAGAGGCCAUCACCCGCCAGAAGCUGGUCAAAGGUCACGCCUACUCCGUCACCGCGGCACAGCAGGUCCAUGUCUCUGGCUCUGUGGUGGAGCUGCUGAGGAUCAGGAACCCCUGGGGACAGGUGGAGUGGACUGGAGCCUGGAGCGACAGUUCGAGGGAGUGGGACGGCGUGGAGCCAGAGGAGAAGAAGAAGCUCGAUCACGCGGCUGAUGACGGAGAGUUCUGGAUGUCCUACACUGACUUCCUGCGUCAGUUUUCCCGUCUGGACAUCUGUAACCUGAGCCCGGACACGCUGACUGGAGACACCGCCGGCCGCUGGAACUACGCCGACUUUGAGGGCGUGUGGCGGGUCGGCUCCACCGCCGGAGGCUGCAGGAACUACCCCGCCACGUUCUGCUCCAACCCGCAGUUCUUCAUCCAGCUGAAGGAUGUGGACGAUGACCCGCACGAUGGCGAGGACGGCUGCACCGCCCUGAUCGGCCUGAUGCAGAAGGACACGCGCAGGGAGAGACGCUUCGGACGAGACCUGAACACCAUCGGGUUCGCCAUCUAUGAGGUUCCUGACGAGUAUAAAGGUCGCAGUAACGUGCACCUGGGGCCGGACGUCCUGCUGCGGCGGGCAGCGGUGGCUCGCAGUCGGAACUUCAUUAACCUCAGAGAAGUCUGCGACAGAUUCAAAUUGCCGCCUGGCGAGUACGUCGUCAUCCCGUCCACCUUCGAACCGCAUCGCAAAGGAAGCUUCAUCCUUCGGGUGUUCACAGAGAAACAGGCUGCCAGCAGUCCGAUGGAGGAGGACGUUGACGCUGACAUCAGCGAGCCUGAUGUGGGACAGAAUGACGUCGAUCCGCACUUCAAACAUCUUUUCGUUCAGAUCUCUGGAAAUGACUCUGAGAUCUCAGCCCACGAGCUGCAGCAGAUUUUGGACAAAGUUGUUUCUCAGAGGUCUGAUGUGAAAACGGACGGCUUCAGUCUGCAGACGUGUCGCAGCAUCAUCAGCCUGCUGGACGUGGACGGUAGCAGUAAACUAGGUCUGCUGGAGUUUCAUCGUCUGUGGACGAAGAUCCAGAAAUAUCUGGAGAUCUUCAAGAGUCACGACUCGGACGGUUCUGGAACGAUGAGCAGUCACGAGAUCAGAGCAGCUCUGGCUGAGGCUGGUUUCCAGGUGAACUCUGCAGUGAUUGGUCAGAUCGUUGGUCGUUACGCUGACGCUUCAUUCGCCAUCGACUUCGACUGUUUCAUCGGCUGCCUGAUCCGCCUGGAGCUGCUCGUCAAGAUGUUCAGGACUCUGGACCAGAAGAACCAGGGCCGGAUCCAGUUGGACCUGCAGCAGUGGGUCUACCUCGCCAUCAGCUGAGCGCCGCCCAGAUGCACGCUGGGAAAUUCCAUCACACAGCUGAUGUUUCUGUCCAAUAAAAACUGAUCCAGCAUCAGCAGGAAGUCUGUG